UAUUGCAGCGACAGCUCCACAACGUUAUCCGACUACUAGUAUUUCAAGUACGACCGUAUGAUUUCUCUCGCUUUUCCUCCUCCCCUCUUCUUUAUGAACGUUUAUAUAAUAGCCCAAGUACCAAUUAGUAGCCUUUAACGUCCACAUUAUCGGCUUCACCAUACACCAUGGCGGCUGCUACUAGCAGCAGUACCACGACCACACUGCAGAGCAAGAUCUCCAACCCCGACCAUCUCAGGAAACGAAUGGAUUCACGCAGGAGGCAGGCGGCCCUCUCAUUCCUCAACAACAUCUCGUUAGACGGACGGCUGCCGCACGAUGACAGCGACACUCAGCAGGAUGAGAGCAGCGGUGUCAGUGAGUGUGCUACAGAAGCAAGGACUACACCGAGCGUGGUUUCUGCGGAGGGGGGACUGUGCACUGCAGUGGCGAAACAGUCCCACUCUGCAUGCAACCAGGCACUGAAUUACAACAGCAGAGUGCAAUCAUUUGGGAGCUGCAGUAGCCCCCUGGCAGGUGUGGCAGCGUGCGCUGAGAGGUUUCAGCAAGGGGACACAUAUGCCACCGUACAUGCUGCAAUGCCCGUAUUCUCAAGCAGCACCGCUGCCAUGCAAACUACUCCUUCGGCCAGGGGUAGGUUGAACUCAUUCACGUCUGGAAUCCUGCCUGUACCCUUUUCAAGACAGCAGUCAGUUCCUAGCUACUGUUAUGUAGAGUCAGGACUGCUAGGCAAUGCAGCUGUGGAGCUCCAGAGGUCCAGACGCCGUCUGAUCCCACAACGUGCUUCUCUUGAAACUCUGGAAGACAUUGAGGAGAAUGCCCCAUUGCGCAGAUGCCGAACUUUGUCAGGUUCACCCAGACCAAAGAAUUUCAAGAAGAUUCAUUUUAUCAAGAACAUGAAGCAACAUGACACCAAGAAUGGAAGAAUAGUCCUUGUCAGUGGCAAGAGGUCAUUCUGCAGUGUAUUUUCGGUGCUGCCAUAUCAAGAUUGUUUCCAAGCUGGAGAUAUGAAAUUGGAAGUUGGACGCCAGCGGCAUUCUUCUGGAGGAGUUGGUGUUAAGGAGAUGGUAGUUGGCCUUGAAGGUGUUGAACUAGGAGCAGAUGGAAAGACAGUUUCAUAUACUCAUUUCCUCUAUUCUACUAAUGCAUUUGGAGGUCGAAGAAACACCGUUGAUUCCACUGCUUCAUUUUCACAAUUUCGAAAUGCCAGCCAUCGUAGUCUCAGUCUGGCAAGGGCCAACAGUGCACAAGGCAGCAUGGACACAGGAAGUGAUAUGGGAGACUACCUGGAUUAUGACCCCAACAUUCUGGAUGACCCUCAGUGGCCCUGUGGGAAACAUAAAAGAGUGCUGACAUUUCCUUCUUACAUGACAACAGUGAUUGAAUAUGUAAAGCCAUCAGACCUCAAGAAAGAUAUGAAUGAAACAUUUAAGGAAAAGUUUCCACAUAUCAAGUUAACCCUCAGUAAAAUAAGAAGCCUGAAACGUGAGAUGCGUAAACUUGCUCAGGAAGAAUGUGGAUUUGAGGAACCCACUGUGGCCUUGGCCUUUGUCUACUUUGAGAAACUGGCUCUUAAGGGUAAACUGAACAAGCAGAACAGAAAACUUUGUGCUGGUGCCUGUGUUCUACUAGCAGCCAAGAUCGAUAGUGACCUGCGAAAACAUGAAGUCAAACAUCUUAUUGAUAAGCUAGAAGAGAGGUUUCGACUUAACAGGCGUGAGCUGAUUGCAUUUGAGUUCCCUGUAUUGGUGGCCUUAGAAUUCGCUCUCCAUCUCCCUGAACAGGAAGUGAUGCCCCACUACAGACGUUUGGUCCAGAACUCCUAGCAUUGUCUACUGUGUAGAAAAAUUGCCAGUUCAUAGCUCCUCACAUUUUCAGCAAAUUCUGGAAAUGUGAGAAUGACUGUAAAAACACUUUAGAAGUACUGGGUUGCACUUUCUUGGAUGCUUCUUUCCUCUUUUUUUUCCUGCAUAUUGGGAACUGUUGUCAACUUUGUCAUACCUGUAUAAACUCAUAAUGCACCAUUCUCAAACCUGAUUUGGUUCAGGUCGCAAGAGACCAGUGGCUUAAAUGAAAGGUGGUCAGUACCUCAGGGACCAACCAAAGGAAGAUUUUUAUAGGCACCUGAACUGCUCAAACUACUGAAACAUUCAGCACGGUAUUCUUGUUCCAGAAAAGAGCCUUAUGAAAGGCUAACGUAGGAAUAUUGCAGGAUGUUCAGUGAUAUUUGUCAUGUUUCUUUACAGGUCUUAUUAAUCUGAGUUUAUCUUCGCUGUGUCAAAAACAAUGUGUGCCAAUCUAUUUUUAUAUCAGUGACCAGGAAUGAAGUGCACUUUGAUGUGAUGGAGGAUGCAGUGCUAACCAUUUUUUGGCUUCGGUGUGUUUAAGCAUUUUGGUUAUCAUCUGCAGCAUAACCAAACAACAGAAUUUUCUGGAAAAAUAUUAGAAGGUUGUUAAAAGGAUACAGUUAGCUCAGCUUUUUUGGUAAACAUCUUUUUUUAGCAUCUUGUGUAUUCCUGAACUAGUUACAAAAAAGACACUACCAUGAAGUAACUGCAGUUUCAGUAUUACACGUUUAAGGUGCAGGACAAUGCUUCUGUUUAUGGGACUUUCAUAUUUUCUAUUCACUUUUCCACUGUGAACAUGGCUAGGAUUGCACUCUUUAGAGUUAUAUUUUUGUGCUCUAUGUUAGAGUAUGUAUAUUCAGCAUAUUUUUGCUGCUGUGUUUUUUAAUGUAAAAUGCAGUGUUUUGUAAAUUCAUAUAUAUGUAUAAGUGCAGUAGUGUUUUGGAGGCAGUUGCGUAACACUUUUUUUUUUUUCAGUGACUUUGACUUUUGACCUCAACAAGAAAUUGAUCUUAUGGGUUAUAUAUUGUAUAGCCACUACCUUUAUGUUGGUUAAGCUCCAAAAAUAUUUUUCAUAUGCACUUGGAAUAGAAUGUAGCCAGUGGGCAAAUUACAUUGUUGGGAGGUUACCUGCAUUUUGUCAAAUAUGGCUUGUUGGAACAGCAUCACUUCCUUAAGUUAUACACAGAGGAGAAAACAGACAAAAUGGACAGCAGACUUAUUAAAACUGUAAGAAUC